CGUGCGUGAACAGCCGGUGUUUCCAGGGGAACGUGACUUGUUUAGGACUCUAAACAAGUUGCUAUUCAGUCGCAUUAUUGCGUUCGAUAAAAAUAUAUAUAUAUUUUUUUGUUACGAUUUUACUUUUGAUCUUAAAACGUUCGUACUCUAUAGCCUAAUUAAUCCGUCUUGUUUUUUAAUCUGGUGCAUUAUAAUUUUAAACUUUACCCGUAUGUAGUUGUGACAUAAAUCAGGUCACAUUCAUUUAAACCUGAAAAGACUGUUGCGUCUUAUUAGGAUUUUUUAUUAUGAAAUGUUGAUUGAUAAAUGCUGAAAAGUUUGAUUUUAAAUUAUUAUUUGACUUGACUAAGCUUGUAAGGCUUGAAUGUCAAAAUGUCAAACUUGGCAGCUUAUUUAAAAUAAUUAGUGUAGUACAUAAGACUACAAGACAUUUUUUAAGCUCGAUGUCUUAAACAUCCUUGUUUUGAGAAUGACUGGGGAAAUAACAAGCACACACAGGUUUGAUGGUCUCUCAGUUCGUAAGCGUAUCAAAUGUGAGGACCUCCAAAUGUUGUUCCACAGUCAAGAGAUUCAGAACCUGAGACCUCUUUCACUACUCUGGCACUUGGACAUCAAUGGUGACAGGAUGACAGACAGGUCUAAGGAGGUGAGAUCAGAGUCUUCAGCUUAUAAGAAGGAUACAAGCACUCCAACCUCUUUGACACAGUUGUGCAAACAGCUGGAGGGGAGAAUCACCCAGAAAUCACAACAUUACUCCAUCUGCCAUGAAGACAGACAGUCUCUGACUGCAGUGUUGACCUCUGAGCUGGGUCUGAUCUGGCAGAACCUGAAAACCCCGUGUGUGGACACCACACUGACCCAGGAAGAGAAAGUGCAGCUGCACUGCCAGACUUUCAGUGAAGUGCUGCACAUCUGUGAGCAGCUGUUUCUUCACUACCUGCAGCUGACGAAAACUCUACAGAGGCGAGGCGUCUUCAGUGACUGUGCUAAUCGCAGUAGGGUGGCAGCUCAGCUCGCUAUGGACUGUACCAGACUCUUGAAUGUUCGCUCCAUAAGAUGCAGGAUUGUCACAGGAAUCAAGUCUGCACGGAAGGCCAGAACAAAUGCUGUUACAGAGCAGAAGGCACGGAGCACGGAGAGGUCCAUGACGGGCACACCAUGGGAAAAAGCUGUUGAGGAUGACCUCAAGGAGAUUCAGGAGAAAAUUGGGGAGCUGGAUCUGCAAAAUGUGUAUGACCUCCUGCCCUGCCACAUGGAGCCAAUUUGCUAUAAGAGAGACACUCAGUGUUCCACAGCCAGCAUGGCCAGUAUACCGACACAAGACCAGCAUCAGAGUCCUAGUCCAAACCGGUUGUUCAGAAUGAAGGGAUGUCAUUCCAUGCCUGAUCUACAGAGGGAGACACUGCUGGAGGAACUGGAGAUAACGCUGCCUGAUCGGCCUCCAUCCCCAUCGGUCCUACUGUCCACAGAUCCUCCCUCCAGCCUGGAGACACACAUCAGUCCUGGGGAGGAUCUGAGGAGAUUAUUACAAGAGAGCGAUUACAAGGAUGACAAUAACUGUGAGACAGAUCUGUGCCCGCUUAUAGAAGCCAUGAUCUGUUAUAAUUCUAGCAGACUCCAAAGGCUCAAACAAAGACUACAGAAACUAAUGGAGGAAGAGGAGGAAACAAAGAAGCACAAAAUUCUUGCGGAGAAACCUUCAGACACACAAGGAGACGUGGUCAUUAUGACGGUUUCACCUCAAACCAUUGUGCGCACAACAGCAGCCCGAGUGUCCGAUAGGGUUCUCCCGGAGACCAUCAAAAUGUACCCACCAGUCUACAAUGACCUCAAUAAAGAGAUCGAUUCAGCAUCGGUCAUUCAGAUGGAUCGGAACUUGGUUGGAGAAAAUAUGGAAAUAAGCAAAGUCUAUGAAGAACUAUCCAAAAGUAUUUCAACAAAGUAUUUCAACUUUGAUGAGGACCCCAGGAUUGAGCCUGCUCUGAAAAAUUCCACAUGCUGCUCAAAAAGAUUAAUUGAUGACAAGCUAAUCAACCCAUCACUCAGGAAGCCCAACCCAUACAGCAUAUCCCACAGAGAGAGAACAGAGAGGGCUGCGAACAGAAAGAGGCCUGUGGAUGCGACCACACGAGUGUACAGAGCCUGGUUUCAGUGGUGGAGGUGCCAACUAUCAGUGGAUGAUUAUCUUAACUACAUUUCCAACCAGGACUCUGAUUAUCUGUCAGUGCUGUUUCACCUGUAUGACAGUGAUGAUGAAGAGGCAGAGAGACACAAGCUGACUCAGCUGCAGAGAGAUGAGAGGAAAAGAAGGCAGCAGGAAAGGAUCAGUUCACUUAGGAGACAGAAACAGGAAUUUGUUCCUGGAUUCUGGAACAUCAACACUAUAAAGAUGGGAGGACUGGGGAGGGAACCAGAACCGGAUGAGAGAAAUCCAGAAGAGGAAAUACAAGAUGCAUCUGGGGGACAGGCUGCAUGUCCUGGAGAGGAAGAUGAAGGUCCAGCUGUUGGUUUGCUGGAUGGAGAACAGAUGCAGGUCAGGCUGGAAAGGGUCUGGAACGCCCUGCAUCUGCCAGAAGGACAGCGGCUAGACAUGGCCAUCAAAUACAGCUCCCAUGAGUACAGAGACCAUCUGCAGGAGGCAAUUGUUGCAUGGGAGCAGGCUGCUCGUUUGAUCCAGAAGAGGGAGCUGUUGCUGUCCAGGUUGGAGGACUUUGAGAGAGAGGCAUCUGACCCCAACAGAUUUUUCCUGCAAGGUUAUCAUGGUUCAUCUAUCGCUAGAAUGGAGGAGGCAAGUCAAAGGGAGAAGCUCAACUUUCAGAUUGCAGUUGUAGACCAAGAACUGUCCAGAACUAUGGGCCACAUCACAACCCGUUUCAAUGACAACAUCAGCUAUAAGGGUCGGCUGUACAGGGAGAAGAUGCGCUGGGACCGUACUGAGAUGCUGUACUGGCUGCAGCAGGAGAGGAGGGUCCAGUCGCUGGAGAUGUUUGUAGAAGGACGGACAGCUCUGCCUGUAAGGCUUCCUCCUCUGAGCCAAAGCCAGGAGAACCAUCAAACUCUCCACAAACAACCUCUAUCAGACUGUGAGAGAAAUGGCCGAUUAUUGCAACACUGUGAACUCUAAAUAUAUAUAUCGAUGUAGGCCAAAUACUAGCAAAUAAAUUUUCAUAGACCUGUGAACUUUCAGACUCUAAAAAGAAAUAUGCUUAAGUUUUACAUUUUUUUUUUUUUUUUUUAAUUAUUCAUUUUAUAUUUUAUUUAUAUAUCCCUUUUUUGGGCAGCUUAGAAAUUAUAUCAGAUGUUAAAAUGUGAAAACAAUUACAGUUUUGUGUGAAAAUGAGAUUAAAUACAUGUUGUUAAGUAUUACACACCAGUGCUAUUUUAGUAUUAUUGCGAUACUAUUAUAGUUUUUAUUAAAAUUUUGAAUUAGUUUUCAUUUCUAUAUUUUUUUGUUUUCAUUUUAAUUUUAGUUAAAUUUUUUGCAAUUUUUACAUUUCUGUUUUUUUGGUAUUUUAUUAUUUUUUUAAUGUCUGUGUAGUUUUAUUCCAGUCUUAGUUAUUUUAGUAUAUCAAGUUAAACUAAUUGAAUAUGAUUAAUAUUGCCUUGGCAACUAGCUGAAAUAAAAGAAGAUUAUAUGAA